UAGUGGGCGUGGCUAGGUGUGCUCCAAUUAAACCUCUUCGACUGCGAGAAAACAGUAUGGCUGCAGUUUUACGAAGAGGAAUGCUCAGCUCCCAGAGGUUCUCCCGCCUUCUCGGGCGGGUGCUAGGGAGCCAGCGAGAUGCCAGCAGUCUCGUGAUAGCCGAACACAACGGUGAGAGCGUGGUCCCGCUCACCUACAACGCCAUAGCCGCGGCAAGACAACUGGGGGGAGACAUAACAGCUCUGGUCGCUGGACCAGACUGUGGAAAGGUGGCUGAUACACUAGCGCAGAGUGAGGGGGUGUCAAAGUUACUUGUGGCACAGCACGAUGCAUUCAAAGGCUAUCUACCAGAGGCACUGACUCCUCUGAUUCUCGAGGCUCAGAAACAGUUCAACUUCUCACAUAUUCUGACAGGAGCUGGGGCCUUUGGAAAGAGCCUCAUUCCAAGAGUGGCAGCCAAACUGGAUGUAUCGGCUAUCUCUGACAUCAUUGGAGUGAAGAGUGAGGACACGUUUGUCCGGACCAUCUAUGCCGGGAAUGCCGUUCAGACCGUCCAGUCUGGGGACUCUGUCAAACUCAUCACGGUUCGUGGAACUGCCUUCGCUGCCUCUCCUGAGACCGGAGGCAGUGCUACCAGAGAGGAUGUUGGAGUUCCAGAACUGGGGCAAGUGGGGACCGAGUUUGUGAGCCAAGAGCUGAGUAAGAGUGACAGACCGGAGCUGACAGCUGCCAAGACCGUCAUCUCCGGAGGUCGAGGAAUGAAAAACGGAGAGAAUUUCAAACUUCUAUACGACCUUGCCGAUAAGCUAAAUGCUGCAGUUGGUGCAUCGAGAGCGGCGGUGGAUGCUGGGUUUGUACCCAACGACAUGCAGAUAGGGCAGACUGGGAAGAUUGUCGCUCCAGAACUCUAUAUUGCAGUGGGCAUAUCGGGAGCCAUUCAGCACUUGGCUGGAAUGAAGGAUAGCAAGGUCAUAGUGGCAAUAAACAAGGACCCAGAUGCGCCAAUAUUUCAAGUUGCAGAUUUUGGACUAGUUGCAGAUCUUUUCAAGGCUGUUCCAGAAUUGACUGAGAAACUCUGACACAAUUGAUACCGCACCAUAGUGUAACAUUAUUUUGCUUGUUUACAAUGCAACACACUUCUGUAGCUUGGUUCAAAUAAGGGUGAUUAACUAAUGCACUGAAGUAAAAAAA